AGGUCCACCACCACUACUACGACAAUUACUUUAGACCUCUGCUCUCUGCCACUCGACUCACGCCGCCAUGUCAUCUCACCAGCAAGACCCCUCCGUCGGCGACGAAGAGCUCCGCCCAACGCAGACUGAAGGCUACAAGGUUGGCGAGAAGAAGACGGUCGAGGAGUAUGCGCAGCUCGACGCCAAUGACGAGAGCCUGGCUCGCUGGAAAGCGUCGCUUGGCAUUGGAGCUGGUGAAGGAGGGGCGGGAGACCCGUCGAAGCCAAAGCUCGCCUUGCACUCUCUUUCGCUCGUCUCUGCGUCAGCACCGGGUGGACGCGUAUCGAUCAACCUCGAACAGGGUAAAGAGCAGCUCGAGGCUCUCAAGAAGAACCCACUCACCGUCAAGGAGGGCGUCGACUACCAGGUGUCGAUCUCCUUUACCGUCGGCUCAGAGGUCCUGUCAGGACUUAAGUACCUUCACGUAGUCAAGCGAGCAGGCAUCACGGUGGACAAGCUCGAAGAGAUGAUUGGUAGCUACGGCCCUCGCGCUGAGCCCUACGAGAAGCGCUUCGCUCAAGAAGAGGCGCCCAGCGGUAUGCUGGCACGAGGUGGAACCAACGUCGUCAGGAGCAGGGUCAUCGACGACGACGGUACCGUCUAUGCCGACUGGACGUGGGCUUUCAAGAUUGCAAAGGACUGGGCGUGAUGCGUGAAGGAAAGGGAUGGACGCUGGUCGUCGGCCCCUGACUUGCGCGUCCGCGCUCCUUGCCCUCAUCAAUCCGCUUCUACAAAUACCAUCACCCCGACAAUAGCAGCUCAUUCUUGCAUUGACCCUCGCGCGCUCCGCUGAUUAGAUGACGAUUGUGUUCUAAGCUAGGUACAGAUGAUGUUGGAGCAGACGCUCACUGGGUCCAUCUUUUACUCUCCCCCGCAUUACGCCCACUUGUCCAGCAACUCUCGGUGGAAGCGUCCGAACCUCUCCACAAACUCAUCCGUUUCCUUUGCCAAGAUCGUCGUCCUGAACCA